GUGUUCGUCUCACCUCCCACAAAAGAAUUAACGGUGGCAUGAGCAUAUUAACCAGCUCCGGCUUCACUUCUCCGUUUACCUUCUCAGUUCUCACUCAGACUCUGUCAUGGCGAUUUCUCUCUCGUCCAACACUUUCCAACUCAACACCUGCACCAAUCGUUUCUCGACACGUGCAUUCCCGAACCAAUCACCAAACCUCCAAAUCCUCCGCUUCUCACCGACCAAUUCCACUCACGCACGGCCACGUCGGCUCAUCGCUGCCUCUGCAAUCUCUAAUUCUCCAGGAAUUGAAGCUUCUGGUUCAGUGGCCGAAGAAACCGUUAAUUCAUUGGACAGUGUGAAAGUUUUUGAUUUGAAUGGAAACGAAAUUUCGGUAUCCGAUUUGUGGAAAGAUCGAAAAGCAGUUGUGGCAUUUGCUCGUCACUUCGGAUGCGUACUUUGCCGUAAGCGAGCGGAUUAUCUUGCCUCGAAGAAGGAUGUAAUGGAUGCGUCUGGCGUGGCUCUUGUUUUAAUUGGACCUGGUAGCGUUGAACAGGCAAGAACAUUUUCUGAGCAAACAAAUUUCAAAGGAGAAAUUUAUGCAGAUCCAAGUCACUCAUCAUAUAAUGCUUUAAGAUUUGUAUCUGGGGUUUCAACCACGUUUACUCCCAAAGCAGGUCUUAAGAUAAUACAAUUAUACAUGGAGGGUUAUCGACAAGACUGGAAGCUUUCAUUUGAAAAGGAUACUAUUAGCAGAGGUGGCUGGAGGCAAGGAGGAAUUAUAGUUGCAGGACCUGGUAAAAGUAACAUCUUGUACAUACACAAGGAUAAUGAAGCAGGGGAUGAUCCAGAUAUUGAAGAUAUAUUGAAAGCAUGUUGUGUGUGAAGAACUAGUCCAUCCUUGUGGUAAUUGUCGGGUCACUCUCUGGUAUCAUCAUAUAUAGGAAGAAUUUGAGACUGUCAGGUCGAUAAUAAUGUAUAUAUAAUUUUCAAUUUAUACUAAUGUUUUAUAAAGAUCUAACGUAUAUAUCACCACCCCGUAGGGUGGAAAUUAUUUUGUUUA